AUGGCAUUUUCACCAUCGGCAUAUGAUUUCUUCCAUCCAAACACGCAGAAAUCCAACACCAAGGAUGCCUGUUCAUCAACCAGUUGCUCGCCAUUGCCCAUGGCAGCUCAAGUAGCAGCCACUAAAGCGAAUGAUGUUCAAGUAUCAUCGUCCCAGAAAGGUGGAAGUCGAGUGGGAGCUGGUGGCGUUGCUGGCAUUGUUUUUGGCUUUGCAUUUGUAGUGCUUUUGGCGAUGGGUGUCUACUACGUAGUGAUCACACGCCGAGGCAACAUGAAUCGAGCCAAUUCUGUUCAACCUGAUGCUUGA